AUGGCGAUGGAUGGAACACACAGUGCUCUAGCCAGAAUGGUCAGCUCUGAAUUGGUUCUGUUUGGUGAUUUCACUCAGUGUUUCAGCUCAGUGGUGUUUCAGCUCAGUGAUUCGGCUCAAGCACAGGAGCGCAAGCCGGCUGGCCGCACUGCACCAUCAGGCUGCCCGACAGAGCGUGAGCUGGCCAGCUGCGCUGCGCCCUCCGGCUACCUAGCAGAGUGCUGUGGCUUCCGGCCAGAGUUUGACGGGCCCCACGCCUCCCCCGUGGCCGGCGCGCGCAUUGUGGGGGGCUCGAAGUCCCUCCCUGGGAAGUGGCCCUGGGUGGUCAGCAUACAGACCAGCACGUACCACUUCUGCGGGGGAUCCAUCGUGCACCCCUGGUGGGUCCUCUCCGCGGCCCACUGCUUCGCAGAGAGAAGCGACAAGGUCAGGGUGGCCGCGGGGAGCAACCUCCUGGGGAGGCACAACGUCACCCGCUGGGUGCGCAAGAUCCACCUGCACCCCGAGUACAGCACCCGCACCUACGACAACGACCUGGCGCUCCUGCUGCUGGACAAGCCCAUCCCCUACAGCUUCUACCACAGCCCCCCUCUGCCUCCCCGACCACAGCAUCGUCCCCGACGACAACAUGUGGGAGAGCUGCACCGUGGCGGGUGGGGGCUCACGAAAGCCGGAAGCGGUCAGGGAUCCUACAGUUUGCUGGACGUGCAGGUGGGGAUGGUCGACUGGAUGCUGUGCCUCCGCUGGCUGCGCUCCCUCACCAAAAACAUGAUCUGCGCCGGGUUUGAGGAGGGCGGCCGCGACGCCUGCCAGGGGGACAGCGGAGGACCCCUCAUGUGCCGCCCCCCGGGCCGCGGAGGACCCCACCAGCGCUGGUAUGCGGUCGGCGUGGUCAGCUGGGGGCGCCAGCUGCGCGGCCCGCCACAGCCCCGGCGUCUACACCAGGGUCGCCAACUUCCACGCGUGGCUGGAGACGACCUCGGCCCACGAAAGCCACCCUUUCCACGUGCCGCAGAGCCCGGAGAGCCACACCUCCUCCCCGGACGCCGCGGAGGCGCAAGUGACCAAGCCCGCACCUCGACAUGUGGGCCGGAGUGGAGGCGGCCAUCGCCGCCAGAGCUGACCCCGGGCAGGGCCGGCCCUCGCGUGGCUCCUGGGGGCCGCCUGCUGGACCCUGCGCUGCUGAACAGAAGAGACGGAAUAAAUGCUAUAUUCAUUCGUAUUUACAGUACUUAG